AUGAUUGAGGCCGCGAUACAGCCAAGUUUGGCGAGUUUACGUGAAUUUUUGGUGCAGAACAACGAUGUUUCUGUCAAUAUGUACCCGGUGUACUGCUUCCUACCGGCAAUGGACUUGACACCGCACCAGGCGUAUUUGAAGCUUGCUGGGCUCAAUGACGCAGACCGGGAGCCGUCGUUUCUGCUAGAAAGUGCCACUAGCGACAACCAGCUUGGAAGGUACUCGUUUCUCGGAUCGAAGCCUCGCAAAGUGAUCAAGACGGGCCCGACUGAGGGCAACGAAGUUGACCCUAUGACGAUCUUGGAACAGGAAUUGAGCCACUUCAAAGUCGCUGAAAACGUGCCCGGAUUGCCCAAAUUGAGCGGUGGUGCCAUUGGGUACGUGUCGUACGACUGCGUCAAGUAUUUCGAGCCCAAGACGCGACGCGAGCUCAAGGACACGUUGCAACUCCCUGAAGCUUUUUUGAUGCUAUUUGACACGAUCGUGGCCUUCGACCACGUCUACCAGCGGAUCCAGAUCAUCCACAACAUCGAAGCGAACGAGCCCCAAGCGCUCGAAUCCGGGUACGAAGCAGCUAAGAAAAAGAUCCAGAACGUUGCAGAACGGCUAUUGAAGGACCAACGCGACUACGCGCCGCAUCAGCCCGCGAUUAAAUUAGGCCAGACUUUCACGUCGAACAUUGGUGAAAAGGGCUACAAAGACCACGUAUCCACGCUCAAGCAGCAUAUCAAGAAGGGUAACAUCAUCCAAGGUGUACCCUCACAGAGGGUCGCGCGUCCGACGUCGCUGCAUCCGUUCAACAUAUACAAACAUCUCAGAACCGUCAAUCCGUCGCCAUAUCUGUUUUACCUGGACUACCUAGAUUUUCAAGUCAUCGGCGCGUCGCCCGAAUUGCUGUGCCAAAGCGACAGCAGGGGCCGUAUUGUCAACCAUCCCAUCGCGGGCACCGUCACCAGGGGAAAGACGCCUGCAGAAGACGACCGUCUUGCUGACGAGUUGAGAAACUCCCUCAAGGACCGUGCGGAGCACGUCAUGCUUGUCGACCUUGCCAGAAACGAUGUCAACCGCGUGUGCGAUCCAUUGACCACCAAAGUCGACAAGUUGAUGACCGUUCAGAAAUUUUCUCACGUCCAACAUUUGGUCUCUGAGGUUUCGGGCACUUUAAGGCCCGGAUUGACCCGUUUCGAUGCGCUCAGAUCCGUUUUCCCAGCCGGAACUGUGAGUGGAGCGCCUAAAGUCAAAGCCAUGGAGCUUAUUGCGGAGCUAGAGGGCGAAAAACGUGGUGUCUACGCGGGCGCCGUUGGUCAUUGGUCCUACGACGGCAAGACCAUGGAUACCUGUAUUGCGCUUAGAACAAUGGUUUACAAAGAUAACGUGGCCUAUUUGCAAGCGGGUGGUGGUAUCGUGUUUGAUUCCGACGAGCAAGCAGAGUACGAAGAGACCUUGAACAAAAUGUUGUCAAAUCACAGCACUAUUGUUCAAGCAGAAGAGAUUUGGGCAUCGAAAGUGGGCUCGAUCUGA